AUGGCGUUAAUUUCAGCGGCAAGCGAUGUCACAGUUCUCAGUGAUUUUGAUAACGCUAAAUCGAACAAACGGGAAAGAGAAAGAGCGCAGUAUGUCAAUUUUCAUGCAGCUGAGUCAACUAUUGCUACAGGAAAUAGCAGGGGAACGAAUGUAGACCGCCCAUGCUUCGUUUGCGGAAGUAACAACCACCGAAUUCGCGAUUGCCAGGAAUUCAGAACUUCGAGCUUGGCCAAUCGUUGGCAACUGGUUGACACGCAUCGCUUAUGCUGUAAGUGUCUAAUUCCACACGGACGCUGGCCUUGUAAAAAUAAGAUUAAGCUAGUAUGUUUUGAAACUAACUGUACCGGCGAUCAUCAUACUUUGCUCCAUCCUGGUCGACCCAUCCGAGAGCAGCGUUUAAACCAGGAUGAUUAUGCUGCGGUAAACUUCCAUCAUGCUCCCAAGGCUACCGUUUUAUUCCGCAUUCUACCAGUUGUCCUGUACGGAAACGGCCGAGAAGUGAAGACGCUUGCAUUUCUCGACGAAGGUUCUUCGGUCACCUUACUACAGAGGGAUAUAUCCGAUGAAUUGGGGAUCACCGGCAUCGAGGCCCCAUUGCGCUUACUGUGGACAGCGAAUGUUACGCGAGAAGAACUUGAUUCUCAGCGGAUAAGCCUCGCAAUCUCGGCAGACGUAGGAAAAAAAAGACUGCAUCUCAAAAAUGUGCGCACGGUACGUAAGCUGGAUCUACCAGCUCAGUCGCUGUCUUACGAGUGUCUCGCAGCACGAUUUCCACAUUUAUCGAAUCUCCCUUUGCAAAGUUAUCAAAACGCAACUCCCAAGAUUCUCAUCGGUUUGGAUAACAUUCAUCUUUCGAUUCCAUUGAAAAUACGCGAAGGGCCAGAGGGAGAACCUGUAGCGGCAAAAUCUAGAUUAGGAUGGACGAUAUUCGGACGACUAAACGGCCUGGGUGAAUCAAAAAAGCCAGAUUCACUACAUAUUCAUAAAUGUUCUGACGACACGACGUUACACGACCUGGUUAAAGAUUUUUUCUCCCUAGAAAGUCUUGGAAUAUGUUCUGCAGCAAUUCCUCAAUCUGAAGAAAUUCAACGCGCGAAUGAGUUGUUGGAAAAAACCACAACUAAAAGUACUGAUGGUCAUUUUAUUACCGGUUUAUUAUGGCGCUACGAUAAAAUCGAGUUUCCAACUAGUUAUCAAAUGGCGGAAAAAAGACUACGCUGUUUAGAACGGCGACUUGAUAACGAUCGAAAUCUUCGAAUUGCCGUGGAUAAACUAUUGGCUGAUUAUCAAAUAAAGGGCUACGCACAUAAAGCUUCUGAAAAAGAACUUAAGGAAACGGAUCCGAAAAGAUGUUGGUACCUGCCUUUAGGUGUAGUUAUCAAUCCCCGCAAACCAGGUAAGGUUCGUAUCAUAUGGGACGCUGCUGCAAAGGCGAAUGGUGUCUCAUUCAAUGACAUGCUCCUCAAGGGACCAGACAUGUUGACCCCCUUACCUACUAUCUUGUAUCGAUUUCGACAGAGGCAAUAUUGUAUUACCGGUGACAUUAAAGAAAUGUACCAUCAAAUUAAAAUCCUAGACAAAGAUCGACAAGCACAAAGGUUCUUAUGGAGAAGCGACCCGCACAUGAAACCUGACGUUUAUAGCUUUGGAGCAACUUGUUCUCCAUGUUCGGCUCAAUAUAUAAAAAAUUUAAACGCAAAGCAAUGGGCAUCCGAAUAUCCGGAGGCGUCCGCAGCAAUAGAACUUUCACAUUAUGUGGAUGACUUUGUAGACAGCCGGGAUACAGUGGACGAAGUCGUGCAACUAGCUCUUGAUGUUAAAACUGUUCAUGCUUACGGUGGGUUCGAAUUGAGAAACUUUUUAUCCAACUCAACGGAAAUCCUCCGACGAAUGGGAGUCGAAGAUGCUGUACAUCUCAAAGAGUUUGAGGUUAAUAAGACGAAUUGCUCCGAAAGAGUCCUAGGGAUGUCCUGGUAUCCUGCGCCAGAUCACUUCAAAUUUUCGAUAAACGUUUCUCCUGAUCUUCUACGAACCUUGUCCGGAGAAACUGCACCAACCAAGCGCUCUAUCUUACGGUUUGUUAUGAGUCUGUUCGAUCCACUUGGCAUGAUUUCGCAUUACCUGAUACACGGAAAGUCGCUGAUACAAGAUCUCUGGCGAAUAAAAGCUUCCUGA